AUGAGAAGGGCAAGAGCUUUGCCAAAUUUAUUACGAAGAGUUAAUUUGACUAAAACUAAAUCAACAUCACCAGUUAUUGCUACACAUAACAGUCAGUGUACUCUGCAGCAAAAUCAUUCUCUGUCUACUUCAAAACCUAGUGAUACAUCAUCUGAACAGGCAUCUACUAGCCAGAAUAUAUUAAUAUCUGCUACAAAAGAAGGCAAGAUGCCUAAUUUACUGCAAAUCGUUGGACUAAAAAAUAAUUAUUUUGCCUUAAAACCAAUUUAUUCUGUGUCUACUCUGCCAAGUGUUAGUGAUACUGUUGUCACAAAUGGAAUGGUCUCUAGAGAGACAGUUAACUCAACUGAUUCAGUACCAGAGAACACUCACCCAAUGCAACUUAGUAGGACUGAUACAGUGACUGUUGGCCAACAUACAUCCACAAUGCAAUGUCCUGCUGUUCCAUUACCCGGAGCAAAUAAAACUGUAGCAAUAAGAGAGAAAAUAGAUGGACCCAAUUUAGUGAAAUUGAUGGAGAUGGAUAAAUGUAGACUAAUAAAUAUUGGUUCCAGCACUAUCACCAAUAUUUCAAGCUGCUUUCAACCUCCAUUGCAGCAGAGCAUCACUGCAAGUAGUUCUAAACCAACAAAUAGUAAUCUGCCUAAUGUGCUGUCAGAAACUUCGGAAGAGAAAACUGUUCCAAGUGGUUCAUUUGCUUGUUCUCAUUGUCCUCAAAUAUUCACAUCUAUGAGAGCAUGUUGUGGACAUCAAAGGAUCCAUAAAAUGAAACAAAGCAAUGCAAGUGUGAAUAAGUCAAAACCGAACAGUAGAAAACAAAAGUCUGAAAAACAAGAGGUUCCUGAAACCUCAAAGAAAGGAUCAGAUUAUUUAGAUAGUGAUAGACAAUUACAGCAGGCAGUGAGGUCUCCCAGCAAUAGCAGUAAUUACAGUUUUAGACCAAAUCGUUCAUCUUGGUCAAAAAAACACCACCCCAAAGGGUGUCCAUGUUGUAUUAGUGUGUCUACUUUAUCAUCAACACAGAGCAGUCACAAUGUAGUGGAAGCAGAUCAACAAACCUUAGCAGCUGUCAGUAAAGAACCUUCAGUUCAGCAGUCUAUAUCUGUUCGAAAUAAACAUGCUGAUAUACCAGAAUUAUUACCUACCGGUAGAAGUCAGAUUAAUGGGGAAUGUAGACAACAUGGUGUUGGAAGUGAACUUAUCUGGAAACCCGGUGAUGGUGACAAGUUAACAAAUGCUGAUGACUUACAUGGACACCUAUCAAGAAUAUUCGCUGGAUGCAAAAUACCUAAGAAGGAAUCUGCUUCAACAGUAGUUGAAGAUUUGACAAACAAAAACAAUGUCAUACUGCCUGUUGAUGAGUCAAAAAAUAGUGAUGUGAAUGUGAAUGCCUUGACAAAUGAUGAUGCAGAAGAUUUACGAGUCUUAGAUUCACAGAUUCGUGUUGUUGGUAAUCUGUGGUUUAAGUAUGAAGUCAGGCUGUUUGAAGAAGCCAUACUCAAGUUUGGGAAAAUAUUUUUUAAGAUAUCUGAUUGGGUGAAAACCAGGUCUCCCAAUCAGUGUGUAGAAUUUUACUACCAGUGGAAACGUACACUGGAAGAAUUUUAUCCGGAUGACACUUACAGGAAAAGAAAUGCAAAAUAUAUCAAAAAUAAGCAAGCAAAAAAAAGGAAGAGAGACCAGGAACGAAGAAAGCAGAAAGAAGAAGAGUUAAAGAAAAAGAGGACAGAAGAGAACAAGGAGAGAAAGCAAAAAGGCCUUCCUAAAAGGUUGUGGAAUAAAGAUGAAGAAGAAGAGUUGAAAGAAAAACCUGUCAUUAAAUUAAGCCCUGAAGACUACUUGAAGAAACUUGCAAGAGCAAAGCAAAUUCAGCAACAUUAUGUUUAUGGUCAGCCUUUCCCAAAACUUGAAGAACCAAAAUAUCAAGAUCAACUCAUACAAAGUCUUGAUGACUCUUCACGCAAGGAUAUUGACCUAUGUUUAAUAAACCCAGCGCUUAACCAACGAAAACGGCCUUUACAACAAGAUGAUGAAAUCAUUAGAGAAAAUAAGAAAAGAAAACUGAACGAUGUUAUGAUAGCUACACUACAAUUACCGGUACCUGUAAUAGAUACACUGCAGGUGACUGCCUCAGGACCACCUAAAUCUCAAUGCUCCGAAGGUGAAAAGGAUUCAACACAAGACAGAAAGAAACGAUGUAGAGAAGAUGAUGUUGACAAUAAUUCUGCAUCGACCAAAAAAGUUAAAGUCAGUCAAGCUUUUCAGUGA